AUGCCAGUCGUUACAGGAGCGAUGACAUUGUACCGAUCGCCCUGUUUGUUGGUCCACCUAGUGACACAGACUCCAUUAUUAUACAUGCUUUGAGGUGUCGGUGAGACCUGGCAUUGCUGAGAAAAUGUCGUCCCCAGGCACAGGCUUCUCGGAGAACCAGCAGUCCACAGCAGCUCAGGAGCCUCUCAGCGUGGGAUACAUCCCCACAGAGGAGGAGAAGAGGGUCUUCAAAGAGUGCAACCAGGAGAGCUUUUUUUACAGAUCGGUGCCCUUCUCAGUGGUCAGCAUGGCCGUCACUCAAGCACUAGUUGCCAGAGGAACUCUGUCUGCCUCUCCGAGGUUUGGAUCUCUACCCAAAGUGGCCUUUGCUGGUUUCUGUGGCUACCUGGCUGGCAAACUGUCGUAUAUGAAGACAUGUCAGGAGAAGUUCAAGAGGCUGGAGAACUCUCCGCUGGGCGAGGUCCUACGACAGAGGACAGGACCUCCUGCACAUUAUUCCAGAGGCCCUCAGUCAGAGCUGAACGACCCAGAUGUCCAGUCCUUUGACAGCAUGUUUCAACCUGCAGAAACGCCAAGCCCCAUGUCCAGCCACUCCAGAGAUUAUGGAUAUAGCCCCAGUCAGGAGUCACCUAUGCAGCUGGGCAAGGGAGACGACUUCAGUGCUCCAGUCCAAUCCUACACGGAGGAGGAGGAGCCCAGGAGAAAGCCCAUCCUCUAUGAGGACCUGAGGCUGAAAAACCGGGAGAACUACGAGGUGACCCUCAGUCAGAAGGCCGACACGAUGCUCCGAGCACCAGCAGAGAAGGAGCCAGAGAGACCCAAGAAAGCAGUGAAGAAGAAUAUCUAUGGAGAUGCCUGGGAAGACUGAGUUUGGCUCUGUAGUGAAGAUGUGACCUGUUGUUUGGCAUCGCUGAUACUGCCGAAAAUGGAAAUGUUUGAAUUUAUCACUGUCUAGUCAAAUAAAUCAGAUUGAAGAGUAAAAUGUCCUUGCUUUAAUAAUAGUUCAUUUGAAUUCAUAAUACUAAUUAAAAGUUCUAAAAUAGGCGACAAUUAGGAUAUCUUGACUUUGAAUUGUUAGACCAAAAGUUAUGUGAAAGAUUAUUUUCUCACCUGGAGUCUAGAACUCAAAUUAUAGGUGUUGAUUAUUUUUUGUUCACCAUUAAGAGUGGGGAAAAAUAAGUAUUUGGUAUAUUACAUGAAAAUAAAUAAAUUUUUAAUGUCAGAGCAGCUGAAG